AUGGUUGCUGACCCUGCGUACCAUAUCCCGGACCAAUGGCUCGAGGCGGAAAGGCCCGUCCGCAUCAUCUGUGCUGGUGCUGGGCCGGCGGGGAUCCUGGCAGCGUACAAGGUGCAAAAGGACUUGCCAAAUGCCAGCAUCGUGUGCUAUGAGAAAAAUCCCAGCAUAGGUGGAACUUGGUACGAGAACCGCUAUCCAGGAUGUGCCUGUGAUGUUCCGGCUCAUGCGUACACAUAUCCAUUUGAGCCAAACCCAGAAUGGUCCAGCUUCUAUGCUGGCUCGCCAGAGAUCCUGGAGUAUUUCAAGAAAUUCACGGAGAAAUACGACCUCAACAAGUAUAUCAAGGUCAAUUCCAAGGUCUCCAAAGCCAUCUGGGACGACGAGAAAGGAAUCUACAACGUCACCAUCGAGACCAAGGACGGGCCUAUCGAGGAUUGGUGCCAUAUCCUGAUCAAUGCUACUGGGUACCUGAAUAGUUGGAAAUGGCCUGAUGUGAAGGGCUUGAACACCUUCAAAGGGACUUUGCUGCAUAGUGCGAACUGGGACACAUCGAUCGACUGGAAAGACAAGAGAGUCGCGAUUCUUGGGACUGGUUCUUCGGCAAUUCAGAUGGUGCCUCAGAUCCAAAAGACUGCCAAGUCGCUGGUGACAUUCAUGCGAUCCGAGACAUGGAUUUCUCCCCCCGUGGCUGGCGACAUUCUCCAAGCCGACAAGACCACCUCAACCGACAAAGAAGCAAGCAAGCGUCCUGAAGCACAAUACUAUUAUACCGAGGAAGAGAAGCGCCGCUUCCGCGAAGAUCCUGAAGCGCUGACCACGUACCGGAGGAACUUCGAAAUUGAAUUCAACAAAAUGUUCGACAUGUUCAUCCAAGGCACCGACGCCGCUCGAUUGGCCAAGGAGUUCAUGACAGAGGAGAUGAAACGGCGUAUCGGCCCAGGGCAUGAGGAGCUCAAGGAAAGAAUGAUCCCAAAGUGGCCGGUUGGAUGUCGUCGAGUUACACCCGGUGAUGGAUACCUAGAGGCCCUUGUCCAGCCAAACGUCCGCUACAUCUUCGACGAGAUCGAGGAGAUUGUGCCCGAAGGUCUUCGCGACGCCAAAGGAGAGCUUCAUGAAGUGGACAUUAUCGCUUGUGCGACCGGCUUCAACAUCGCAUUUACACCUUCUUUUGAGAUCAAGGGCGCUGGUGGCGUGGAUAUGCACGAGUUCUUUAACCCAGAGCCUCAGGUCUACCUCGGCCUCGCAGCUCCCAACUUUCCCAACUAUUUCAUUAUCAAUGGUGUCCGGGGCAACUGGGCGGCCGGAACGGUCCUUAUUACUCUCGAAGUCUCGGUCAACUACAUUGUCGAGAGCGUGAAGAAGAUCCAAAAGGAGAAUAUCAAGUCCAUGGUGGUCAGACAAGAGUGUGUCGAUCAGCUCUACCAACAUAUUGAUGAAUGGCACAAGCGAUCCGUGUGGAACGCGGAUUGCAAGAAUUGGUACAAGCAGAACAUCGUCGGCGGCAAGCUCUGGAUCUGGGGCGGCUCGGGCUUGCAUUACAACAAAACCAUCCAGAAACCCCGAUUCGAGGAUUACACGUACAAAUAUAGAGACGGCAAUAUGUGGGCGUAUCUGGGCAACGGCUUCACCGAAGCACAAGUCAACCGCGACAGUGCGCGGCUUGGGACGUACAUGAGGGCCUCGGAUACACCAUUCGAGUUGUAUUAG